AUCAAUAGUUGUCAUUCCAAUUCAACUUCCAAAUUAUUCGUUUGACCACCGUGGUGUUAGAUUGAUCUGUUAAUUUAAUUAUCAUCUAUAAAUUAAAACUGAAUAAAUUAGCUAAUUUGAAAAUAAUAUAAGCCAUCUCUAAUAAUGUCGGAGAAACAUUUGAAAACUGGUGAUUCUUUGCCUCCGUACAGCGGCAAGCUGCGCUUGUUUGCUAUGAGAUUCUGUCCAUAUGCCGAGAGAUCUGUUCUUGUUUUAAAUGCAAAAAAACUCGCCUAUGAUUUAGUAUUCAUUGAUCUGGAUAACAAACCCGAAUGGAUAUUUAGCUUUAAUCCUAAAGGUUCGGUACCAGUCCUGGAGUAUGAAGAGGGCAAAGCAAUAUUUGAUAGCACUAUAAUUAAUGUGUAUCUCGAUGAAAAAUAUCCAGAAGUACCACUGCAAGCUGCAGAUCCAUUAAGAAGAGCUCAAGACAAAUUAUUAGUAGAACUUUUUGCUCCUGCUCAAUCAGCAUACUAUACGGCUGCGUUUAAUGCCCAAGCAUUAACUCCAACCUCAGCAGAAACCUACCAUAAGGGAUUAGAAAUAUUGCAAAAAGAGAUUGAGAGCCGUGGAACUACUUAUUUGGCUGGAGACCAGCCUGGAUUGAUUGAUUAUACUAUUUGGCCUUUCUUAGAGCGGUUCCUUGCACUACCACUGUUGGGCAAAACUGAUUUUGCUAUUGAUCAAUCCAAGUAUGAAGUUCUAUUGAAAUACAUUGAAGCAAUGAAGACUGUACCAGCAGUGAAAUCGUAUUGCUUAGCUCCAGAGACUCAUUCCAAGUUCACUGAGUCCCGGGUAAAGGGAAACCCAGAUUAUAACAUGUUGGAUACAAGUGAUGUAGUUUGUUGCAUGCGCCCCAGGAAGAAGAAGGAGUAGAAUAUAUUGUUAAUGUUUUCUUUAUUUUUUUUCUAUAACAUUGUCAUAACAUAAUACAAUAAAGUACAAUGAACAUGUAUUAAA